AUGACCGACUUACUCGUCAUAAUGGAUUCGUGCGAAAGAGCGUCCAAAGAAGAGCUAGAGAAGAUAUUCACGAAGUAUGCCACGGUGGAGCGGGACGGGGAGUUCUUCAUGACACACGAAGACUUCGUGUGUCACUACCUCCAGCUGGCAGACGUAAACUGCCAGCCGCAGACCAAACUGGUGCUGGCUAGGGUCGCUGACACCACUAGAAAUGGACUGAUUUCUGUAUCAGAGUUCAGAGCCUUUGAGUCACUUCUCACAUCCCCUGACUCUGUGUCUCAACUUGCCUUCAAGCUCUUCGACAUUGACAGCAAAGGCAGCAUCAGCUUUGCAAAUUUUAAGUUAGUGCUGUCCCUAACCACUGUCCACAAUGCUGCACCUUUUGACUUCAACUGUCCACUAGUGAAGCAGUACUUUGGUUCGAAACGAGACCGUCACCUUGACUACCACGACUUUACUCAGCUCCUCCAGAGUCUGCCUACUGAACAUGCUCGACAAGUGUUCUCAGCAGCUGAUGCAAGUGAUUCCGGCAGUAUCCCGGCCCUGAAUUUUGUGGAGCUGAUGAUGAGGAUUCGCAAGUAUCGCAUGUCUCCCUACGUACAGGAAAACCUCCUAUCUGUGGCAGGAGGGGGACACACCAGAAACGUCAGCUAUCCGUACUUCAAAGGCUUCAACCAGUUCCUAGGCAACCUGGAUAUCCUUCAGAGAGUGGUGACCGUGGCAACCAGAAACACUGGAUCCGCCACUCAUAGCCAGCUGCUGAGAGAAGCAAGGCGGUAUGGACAGGUCACUCCCCUGCAGGUGGCGCUGCUCUACCAGCUGUGUGACCUGGAGCACAGGAGGGGUGUCAUCACCGUAGCUGACUUCCGGAAACUUCUGCCGCGACCUUCCUUCGAUGUUUAUCCCCCUGUUUCCAUGGCGACCAACACCACUGACAGUAGUGGACAGGCGCAGGAGGUUCCACUGUUCCUGAAGUCACUGGAACCAGUCUACAGGUUUUCUCUCGGAUCUAUCGCUGGAGGACUGCUGCCUCAGCUGGUGGGUGUGUCUCCCGAGAAGGCCAUAAAACUGACAAUGAAUGACACGAUGAGAGACUAUCUGAGAGAAAAAGAUGGUUCACUGCCACUGUGGAAGGAGUGUGUGGCUGGGGGAUCUGGAGGGGCCAGCCAGGUAAUCUUCACCAACCCCAUUGAGAUCGUGAAGAUCAGACUGCAAGUUGCAGGGGAAAUGACUGAGACGGCAAAACUUGGAGCAACCACAGUUGUCCGAGACCUUGGCUUCUUCGGACUUUACAAGGUCUCACCUCUCUACCAUACCUUCCAACACAUUAUUGCACAUAAUCUGAACACCAAUGGGGCAGAAGAAAUUUCGGAAGUUAAAUUUGUGUUUUGUGUAGCUAUCAAGAAAUUGCUCUUGGGGAAGGACAAUGUGUUUGAGAGAUAUCCUUAUUUCCGAGGUGUCCAUAGGAAAGUUCCACUGUAACUUUACGCAGUAUAUA